AUGAACUCCAACUCGUCGUCGUCCAUGCGCGGGCUCACGCAGUACAUCGCCGACCUGCGAGCAUGCCGUGUGCGCGAGCUCGAAGAGAGAAGGAUCAACAAGGAGAUGGCGCACAUCCGCGCCAAGUUCAAGGAGGGCCAGCUCGACGGCUACCAAAAGAAGAAGUACCUUUCCAAGAUCGUCUUCACCUACAUCCUCGGCUACCAGGUCGAUAUCGGUCACAUGGAGGCCGUCAACCUCAUCGCCAGCACAAAGUACUCGGAGAAGCAGAUCGGAUACCUCGCCAUCACGCUGCUCAUGCACGAAAACUCGGACAUCGUACGCCUCGUGGUCAACUCGAUCCGCAAGGACCUCGACGAGAUCAGCGAGGUGAACAACUGCCUCGCCCUCCACGCCAUCGCCAACAUCGGCGGCAAGGAGAUGGCCGAGGCGCUCGCCGGCGACGUCCAUCGGCUGCUCAUCUCGCCCACCUCGCGCAGCUUUGUCAAGAAGAAGGCGGCGCUCACGCUGCUGCGCCUCUACCGCAAGCAUCCCGACGUCAUCCCCGCAGACGAGUGGGCGCUGCGCAUCAUCGCCAUCAUGGACGACGACGACCUCGGCGUCGCGCUCGCCGUCACCAGCCUCGUCAUGGCCAUGGCCCAGGACCAUCCGCACGCCUUUGCCACGUCGUACAACAAGGCGGUGCUGCGCAUGCAUAGGAUCGUAGUCGAAAACGACUUUACCGCCGAGUACGUCUACUACAAGGUGCCCAUCCCCUGGCUCCAGGUCAAACUGCUCCGUCUGCUCCAAUACUACCCGAGCACCGAAGACCCGACGCUGCGGCGCACGCUCGAGACGGUGCUCGACACCAUCAUCAACAACUCGCAAGAAAGCCCCAAGAACGUGCAGCACAACAAUGCGCAGAACGCCAUCCUGUUCGAAGCGAUCAAUCUGGCCAUCCAGCUCGACACCGAGUCGGCCGUCGUGGCCAAGGCGGCCGUGCUGCUGGGCCGCUUCAUCCUCUCGCGCGAGACCAACGUGCGCUACCUGGGCCUCGACACCAUGGCGCACCUGGCGGCGUGUGCCGAGAGCCUGGAGCCCAUCAAGAUGCAUCAGAACACCAUCAUCCUCUCGCUGCGCGACAAGGACAUCUCGGUGCGCCGCCGCGGCGUGGAUCUGCUGUACAGCAUGUGCGACGUGACCAACGCACGGGUGAUCGUGUCGGAGCUGCUCAAGUACAUGCAGAUCGCCGACUAUGCGCUGCGCGAGGAGAUGGUGCUCAAGAUCGCCAUCCUCACCGAAAAGUUUGCCACCGAGUAUGCGUGGUACGUGGACACGAUCCUGCAGCUCAUCAGCUCCGCGGGCGACCACGUGAGCGACGAGGUGUGGUACCGCGUGAUCCAGAUCGUGGUGAACAACGAGGACGUGCAGGAGUAUGCGGCGACCAAGGUGCUCGAGCAUCUCAAGUCGACCACCUGCCACGAAAACAUGAUCAAGGUGGGCGGCUACAUCCUGGGCGAGUUUGGCCAUCUCAUCGCCAACGAUCCGGGCGCGAGUCCCAUCGAGCAGUUCCACACGCUGCAUUCGCGCUCGCACCUGUGUUCGCAGUCGACGCGUGCGCUGCUGCUCUCGACGUACGUCAAGUGGCUCAACCUCUUCCCCGAGAUCCGCGAGCAGAUCCUGUACGUGCUCAACCGCUACCGCCACGUGCUGGAUGCCGAGCUGCAGCAGCGUGCGUGCGAGUACGUUGCGCUCGCAGAGAUGCCCGACGACGAGCUGCUGCAGGCCGUGUGCGACGAGAUGCCGCCGUUUGCGCAAAAGUCGUCGCUGCUGCUCAGCAGGCUGCACAAGAAGCACACCGACACCGAGGACAAGCGCACCUGGAUCAUCGGCGGCAAGGACUCCAACCGCGGCCGCGAAGAGGCGCGCCUCGAGAGCCUCAAAAAGGGCAAGGCCAACGGCGGCGCCAUGCCCACCGGUGGCAAUCUCGGCUCGGUCAUCCGCGCCGGCCAUCCCUCCGAGGCGGUCACCGCCGACUCGAUGCGCAGCGGCGCAGCCGACGAUGCCGACAAUGUGCUUGCCGGACUCGAGGGGCUCGAUAUGAACGCCCCCUCGUCCGCGCUCGAGGAUGCGGGGCUGCUGUCCGAGCAGCCUCUGAUCGGGGAUGAAGCGUCGCCGGCGGCGUCCAAGGUGUCGACGCCCGCGACGCCUGCGACUCCAGUCAACGCAGCGACGUUCAGCGCCGGGAGCGACAAGUACUUUCAGCGGCUGUGCUUUGCGGCCGAGGGCGUGCUGUACGAAGAUAGCCAGAUGCAGAUCGGGCUCAAGAGCGAGUACCACGCGCACCAAGGCCGGCUGGCGCUGUACUUUGGCAACAAGAUCGGCGUCAACUUUAGCGCGUUUAGCGUUUCGGUGCGUAGUGGCGAUGCAGGGCUGUCGGUGAGCGUUCCCAAGAUCCCGACCAACGUGUUGGGGGCGAUGACGCAGGCGCAGACGGUGGUGUUGGUCGAGUGCCACGACCUGUUUACGCAGCCGCCGGUGCUGGAGGUGUCGUACCUGGCAGGUUCGCUGCACGAGAUCCGGCUGCGACUGCCCGUGCUGGUGAGCAAGUUCAUCGAGCCCGUCCAGCUGGGCGCCACGGACUUCUUCGAGCGAUGGCGCCAGAUCGGCGGACCGCCGCGCGAGGCACAGAAGAUCUUUGGAUUCAGGCUCUCGAGUGCGGGCGAGGUGGACGUGACCCGACAGCGCAGGAUCAUCGAGGGCGCACGGUUGCAGCAUCUGGACGGUGUUGAUCCGAACCCGACCAACUCGGUCGCUGCGGGCGUGCUGCAUAUGGCCAGGGCGGGGAAGGUCGGAUGUCUGCUUAGGCUCGAGCCGAACCGAGACGCGAAGCUCGCACGGCUCACGGUGAGGACGACCAACGACCUGGCGUCGGCGGAGCUGCUCAGGAUCUUGCUGGCGGUGCUGGGCACCGAUGAGCCCAAGCUCUGA